AUGAUGCGAUCGCGCGAUCCGCGGAUCCGCCAACGGAUCAACCAGAUCUCCCAUAAUCUCGAGUCCGCGAAUGAAUCCGCCCAGGAAGGACUGUACACCUUUGCACAGAACUAUCUUUCCCCCUGUCUGGAAUCAGUUGGAAGCUGUUUCCAAGUUUGUACUGCACCCUGUCUCCCAACCCGCGAGGACCACCUGAGACGCCGACGCCGCGGCCGUGCCGAGGCCAACUUUGACUUCUACGAUGAUUGGGACAACGAGGAAGCUGACGAGACCCUGCUGGGAUGGGGUACUGGGGAGCUUGAUCGACUGCUGGCUGACAACCGCUCCGAUCCGACGGUCAUACCGAGCUCUUCCCUUAUCGGCUUCUUAGAACGCUUUCCCUGGAGGUUCGGCGCAAAGGGAGUCAAGUAUCGGCCGUCGGCAGCAGACUUACAGGAACACCCGGGCGGCUCACAUCGCCAUGCCCAUGAGGAUGAGCCUUUAAUGGAAACAUCAGAGGAUGAAGCUGGUCUAAUAUCUUACAGUCCGAAUGGACGGGACCGAAGUGCAACACAGUCAUCUCGCGGGACGUACAAUUCGUUGAGCUCCCGCGGCGAUUUACUACCCAGUGAUGACGAGGAAGACGCGGUUCCACUGGACGACGAAUUCGCGCUUGUUUUUGGACGCCGAGGAACAGGACUCGAGUCUGAUGAUAUGUCCGGCACGAAGGUAGAAAUGGUGAGGUCUGCCUCGGGUACAUCCAGCCUAGGCGGCGCAUCAUCUCAGAAGUCAAAACGGAAGAACAAAAAGAAGAAGCGGGUAUCGACGCAAUCGUCGAUGAGUCCAGCUGAAGAUGCGCACAGCUUCGACAAACCCUCAAUAGCGGAUCUGAAGAUUGAAGAGGAGGGAGCUGCUGGGGAAGAAGAUGCUGCAAUCGAGAGGAAACGACUUGCUGCACACGAGCUGGCUUUGAAACGAGGCCUUAAUCGAGCCAAAGCAGAUAUGGCCGCCCCCUCGCAUGCAAAAGACCAAACAACCGAACUCUUCGUUAAUCCUGCCUUUUCACCCACCGACGAGAACCCCCCACCCGGCCAUGCCAGAAACUCGAGCGACUCGUCCGUCCGUCGAUAUUCCAUCGACCGCACCGAACCCUUCCCUCCAUUUGCCGUAUCGGCAUCCUCGCUGCCCCAAGGCUCUCCUGGAUCUGCAGCUUUGUCACUUAAAUCUGGCUUUGUGAAAGCAGAUCAAAUACAGGGAAAUGGAGAUCAGGAUAUUGAUGCGCCGCAUUGA